CCCUUGCGAUUUACUAGCCUUUUAACCGUUAGAGCACCAUCAGAUAAACUGAAAGCCUGCCUUUCUUGACAAAAGAAAACAAAGCUCAAUGGCCACUACACCGGAUAGUUCUUCUAAAAGGGCUUCACGAAUAUCUAUUCCCAAAGAUGAAUCUUCCUCCACUAAUAAUGACCAAGAUAAUGAUCCAACAGUGCCCAGCCCGCCAUUUCAUGAUCUCGUAAUGUUGUUGGAAGAAAUUUCAAGAAAACGCACAGAAAAGUCGCCACUUUUGCGCAGGUAUUUCCAGGAAUGGCGCGAAAAUGGGUAUGGUGACAUGUUUCCAGUUAUCAGGCUUAUCUUGCCUCAGCUUGAUCGUGAAAGGGGUCGCUAUGGUCUCAAGGAACAAAAAAUGGCAGAUUUGUAUAUCAUAAGCCUGAACAUCCUGCCCGGCUCUGAACCGGCCAUUAAACUCAAGAAUUGGAAAGAGGGUUCUCGGGAUUCAAGCGGUGAUUUCAGUUUAAUAGUACGAGAAGUGGUGGCCAGUCGGUCGCUAGUGACCCAUCCACAAGGACAAACGAUCCGCGAUGUCAAUAGGCUUCUUACAGGGCUCUCAAGAAAAGGAUCGGAUAACAUACACAUAUUUAAAACGCUUGUCCAAAGCUAUACACCCUUGGAAAAUAAAUGGAUUGUGCGAAUCAUCAACCGAGAUCUCAAGAUUCACAUGAAUGAAAACUCUGUUCUUCCAUGCUAUCAUCAAGAUGCUUUCGAGCUAUUUAAUGUGUGCAGUGACCUUCGGAAGACUGUCCUUGAUUGUGCGGACCCAACAGUACGUAUUUCCACCUCUACUGUUAGCCUUGGCCGUCCAUACAAGCCCAUGCUCUCAAAGAGGCUACCAAGUGCCAAAGACGUAGUAGAAAGCAUGGGAAAUAUGACUUUCUGGAUUGAAACCAAACUUGAUGGAGAGCGCGUACAGGUUCAUAAAGACGGGGAUAAGUAUCGAUAUUGGUCCAGGAACUCUACAGAAUAUACUCACCUCUAUGGGGCUACGUCAGAAGAGGGUUCGCUUACUCCAUUCCUCCAUCCACUCAUUAACCCAAAAGUUGAAAGUCUGAUCUUGGAUGGCGAAAUGGUCGAAUAUGAUCCAGCAACUAAACAAAUACUUGGUUUUGGAACGGUCAAGACUGCAGGAGGAGAUCAUUCUGGCGAUAAGCAUAAAAGACGACCGCUUUUGUUUGUCUUUGAUGUGCUGUACAUGAACGGCGCAUCCAUCAUUGAUCAACCGCUAGAGGCUCGACGUGAUAUGCUACCCUCCAUAUUCAUCAAAGAGCGUGAGGGACAUUUGGAAAUUUUAAAAUAUCAAGUCGCUUCCACAGAGCAGCACAUUAUCGAUGCAAUCGAUGCAGCUGUAAUGGAUCGCCAGGAAGGCGUCAUUGUCAAAAACCCGCGGUCAGUGUAUUUACCUAAUGGCAGAGGGAAGGAUUGGGUAAAGAUUAAACCAGAGUAUAUCGACGGUAUCUGUGACAGUUUAGACGUCCUUAUCGUGGGAGGUUACUAUGGAACAGGCUCCCGUGGUGGUCAAGGUGUCAUUUCUUCUUAUUUAUGCGCAGUACGCGAUAAUACAUCCAAAUCCUCUACUGGAAAGAAAUUCCUGACAUUUUGCAAGUUUGGUUCCGGCUUCUCUUAUCAGCAGAUGGGGAAAUUCAGUGAUUUACUGUCGCCUCACUGGAAAGAGUAUAAGUAUUACAAGGAGAACCCAUGGGUGGAGAUGUUCGACAGUGCCAAGAUGCGCCCCGAUGUGAUUAUUGAUCCUGCCAAGUCUAUUGUAGUAGAAGUAAAGGCUUCGGAGAUCCUACCCAACACGGAUUCUUAUGCCGCAGAAUAUACGCUCCGUUUCCCUCGGUUCCUACACAUUCGCCAGGAUAAAGACAUGGAUUCAUGUAUGACCAUGAGUGAAGUUCAUCGCAUGUUUCGUGAAUUUAAAGGCAAGCUUUCCAACAAACAAUUCAGUGCCAGAAGUUCUACCGCGCUUAUUAAGGUCAAGGAGAAGUUGGCUGGGCCACGGAAGUCAACGCAAGCACGUCUGUUACACAGCAUUGUUGGGGAUAUGAGUGCCUUCAAAAUCGAAACAGAUCUUUUCAAAGGCCAGGUUUUCUGGGUCGUACGGGGCGAUCAGCAGCAUUCCAAGUCAGAGUUAGAAGUACUGAUCAAGCGAUUCGGGGGGAAGCAGUCUCAGUCCGAUCAAGUGGAAGGCACCAUCAUCAUUGCAGGAGUUCAUGGGCCUGACCUUAUUGGACUCAAAAAAAAGGGUCAUAGAAACAUUGUUCUACCUACAUGGAUCCGCGCCUGCAUUAACGAGUUGCGGCUAAUUCCUUUAAACCCAAAGUACAUGUUGUUUACAACAAAAGAAACUGAAAAGCAAUUCCGAUUGAUCAUGGACGAGUACAAGGAUUCAUAUACCGAGCCACUCACUGCGGAGGGGUUGCAAGAAAUUCUGGACAAGAUGCCUAAUAGAAGCGAAGUCGUCAAGCGCAGGCGUUUGAAGGCUGCUGAAGAAACAGCUGCAAGGAAUAAAAUGAAGAGGCUUAAUAAUUUUGCUGAUCAAAUUGAAUCAUCAGCUGUCAACAAGGAUAUAGACGACAAAGAGGUGGUUUUACAGAUGGAGAUCGACAACCUCGAUAAAAAUUGGGAACAAGAAGAUGCUCGCCGUGCACGGAAGAUUGCGGCUGAGCUUACACGGCGGUAUUAUGGAAAGGAAGGUGAACGUGAACCGCCUCUUGGCAUGUUUCAAGGCCUAGAGGUGUUUGUGGUUUAUCCGCCUUCACCAACACAGUUGCUGCAGUCAAUUGCAUCCCAGCCCUCAACUACAGUGCCCAAAUAUGCGACUAACAAAGUAAAGCGUGAACCAGAUGAUACAAAUCCAGGAUCUCCAUUUACAAGGCCGAAAAUUUGGAAUACGAAAUGCCCAAAAGGCCCAACACGAGAAUUUGAAUCGACAUUUGAUGUCCUAUCUGAUACAAUCGACUUUUGGAGUAUGAGGAGAGAUGAGAGUGCCUCUCAGAUCAUGGCGGAUCUUGACGCCAAAUCAUCACAAAGGAUGAAGGAAAUCGAAAGUCUGGGAAUGGGAAGUCCUUUUUGGGAGUAUGUCGACAAGGAGAAAGCUUAUGAAGAAGAAUUAGACCAGAUGUUAGACAAAAUAUGUCGCUACCAAUUAUGUCGGGAAAACUUGGAUAUGAUUUCUCAAAUACUUGAGUUUCAUGGCGCUGUGAUUAUGCCGCCGGACCAAUGCAAUAUAGAGCAUUGUCAGCAGCUUUUACGAGAUCGUGUCAGUGCCAAUUAUGAUUUCAAGCUGGAUGAAAGAUAUGUCGGCAUUCCGAAUGAGAUUAUUGUCUUGUUUGACCCCUGCUAUUUGGAGCCAUUAGAUGAGUGGCAGAAGGCCAUGCGGAUCUCUACAUUAUACGGCUCUGAUGCAAGUUCGUUUGAUGUACCACGCCUAGUUACCACAGAAUGGGUCAAGCAAUCGCAGAAAAGUGAGUACCGUGUCCCAGAGGAAGCCUAUUAUCCCAUUAAGUAGC